AUGGCAGGCAGGGGGCGCCACCGGAUGGGCGGCGGCGGCGGCGGCGGCGGCGGCGCGCCUCCAAGGUCAUUCCACGAGCCUGGCCUUCCUCCUUUCGGCAGGCCUGCUCACUCCGGCCUCCUUGACGACCACAUGGACGGGCCCUUUCCCCGACUCGGUGGCCCUCCACUUCGGCCGCUCCACCCCGCCGUCAUCGAGGAGCAGCUCGCAGCUCAGCAUCAGGAGAUUCAGGGUUUGCUUAUUGACAACCAGCGCCUCGCUGCCACGCAUGUCGCCCUCAAGCAGGAGCUCGCCGCCGCCCAGCACGAACUGCGGCGAGUGGCACACGCCGUCGGUGCUAUGCAUGCCAAUAACGAUUCUCAGCUCAGAGAGGUACUGCUGAUGACGACCCUAUAUUUUUACAUUCUCUACUUUUGAGGAUACCGUCUGCCAGUGAUACCUAAACCCAAAACCAUCGUGCGAAGAUUAAAACCUAGCUGUAAACAUAUAUCAUUGGAGAAAAUUCUGGUAAAAUAACUCCCCGCUUGAGGUAUAGUGGAACCCUUACCGCUUGAGAGAAAAUCCUCAUUUGAUGAAAACAUUUCCGACUAUAACAUGAGAUUUUCAUUUCUUGGAAGUCUUCUUGGAGUCUUGAUAUCAUGAGAAUACCUUUCGCUUUCGUUAAACUGUUGUGGGGGAGGGACAGAUUUUCAUCUAAGGAUUCCGCAAACCUUCCGAAUGUUACCUUCUGAAGAAUUUUCUUCCUUUUAUCUACUAGGAGGUAGAUAAGUACACCAUCGUGAUGGAGUUUCAUUUUUGUUUCUUUUUCGAAAUAUAAUUUUGAGUGAGAGAAGAUGUAUGAGAAGUCCAUGAAACUGGAAUCAGAGCUCAGGGUGGCUGAGGCCAUGAAGGCAGAGCUCAUGCAGGUUCGUGGAGACAUCCAGAAGCUCAAUUCGGUCAGGCAGGAGUUGACAGAGCAGGUUCAGGUUCUUAGCCAGGACGUGACCAGGGCCACUGCAGACCUUCAACAGACUCCAUUGUUGAAGGCAGAAGUUGAAAACAUGAAACAGGAAGUUCAGCGUGUCAGGUAAAGUGGAUUUGAGCCCUUCUUAUCCAUUCGUUUCUCCAAAAGCAUCUGUAUGAUAUUGUGUAGUCGGUUUCUUCUCAAUGCAAAGUACAUUAGUCCAUGAGCUCUGGGAAUGCUCAAGAUACAAUUUUUUUUGGAAAUGAAGAACUCAAGUAAAGAAAAAAGGUUGAAAAGUUUGGACACCCAUUAAAUGAUUCCAUUGCUGUCCUAUCGAAUUCUGAGGAAGGGAGAAUGUACCCGUGACAUGAAAGAAGCAGCUCUAUCCAGAGCUUGGUUCGGAUCAAUCAGGGCCAGCUGGCGGCAGGCUGGCCCGGUUCAUUGACAUACCUGAACUGAAUCUCCAUAGCAUUACUCUUUUCAGUAGGUGAUAUCGAGAAAGAGGCCGAAGUUUUGGCUAAAACCUCAUUGUAGAAGCCUUCAGUUGAGGUUCCCCACUUUUGAAGACCUCAUAAAAUUUACCGGUGUCAUCCAUUUCAAACUAUGAUGACAAGGUCUGUGAUCCAGUCUCCAAAAGGAUGUGAGAUCUACACCUGUGAAUAGAACACUAUUCCAGCACAGCAAAAAGAAGUUGUUGUCUGGUAAACCUCCAACUACACAAGAAUACUCAGAGACAACCUGAAAAGGAUAAUUUUAUUUCUUUGUGAUUUGAAAGCGAAUGAAAAAAGAAUCAAGAGAUGGAAUAUCCCCUUAUGUGCAACCUCCUCAAUUGUUUCCCUUUUGCAAUUAUGGGGCUGUAAAAAUCUUCAUUUUAAUUGUCAACUACCCUAUUCAGUUGGCUAUGCUAUUUUUUCUGAUAGGUUCAUUCCCAUUGGGACCGCUGCCCUGUGCUCCCUCCCAGAUGCAAGGAGGUCUUCCAUGUAUUAGAGAAGGAAACAUUUAAUAAUCUGAUGUAUUUUCAUUACUUGAGGGUAAACACCUCUGGAAUUGCCAUUCCAUUCUUUCUUAUCAAUUGAGGGUCCUUAAGAUCAUGGGGUAAAAUUGAGGAGUUUAACAGAUUUAAGCAUUUUCCUUCAAUUGAUGAUGAGGUUGAAAUGGCGUCAAAAUAAAUUGCUGCUAAGUUUUCAUACCUGGGAAUUCUAUUAAGUUUUCUAGCUGCUUUUGUUGAGAUUCAAAGAUGUAUCAUCCAAAUGCGCUGCAAAUGGAAGUCUGUCCCUUGCCAGGAACUUAACUUGGUAAAUGGUCUAUCUUAUCCGUCUAUCUUUAUCCCACUUGAUUUUGUCCUGCUGAAUUCUUAUGAUGCCUGUUUGGUUGCCAGUGAGGUAUUAAUCGAUGAGGAUGUUUCAAAAGGGAAUUGCGACAGCCCAGGCCAGCUUGUCAUGCUUCUUAAAAUUCACUGAUGGUGGUGACUGUCUCUGAAAUUUCUGGGAGAUUGCAAAAUAUUGUUAGGUUCGCUACCUGCACAGUCACUAGUCUUUCAUCUAGCUCCAUAGUAAGUGUUGAGGGGGAUAGUGCAUGGUACAAAAGUAAUUGCUGUUGCCUAUGGUGGCUGUAGUAGGUCUGGCUUGAACUGGAAAUUUAUGGAUUACAUGUCUAGUUCGGAAUACGAGUAGGGAGAUAAAGCGAGGAUUGAGGAAUGGAUUAAUGAAUGUAUAGAGGUGAAAAAAAGAGUUGGAUAUGGCUUUAUGCCUGAUGAAGAAGAUGAUGAACGACUUUAUAUUCUUUGCAAUUUUUUUAAGCUAUUAGCAAAUGAAUGAUGGCCCUUUGUCUUUCUUUACCAGUCCUAGUACCUAUGAACCUACUUACAUACCCUGACUUGUACAUUAAUGAACCUGUCAAGGUCCUUGGCCAGAAUAAUGGUAACAAACAACUAGGUAACUUCUAUACAGCCUUGAACCUGUCGUGAAAUCAUGAGCAUAUUAAAAUUUGAGAAUGGGGCCAGUGUCAGUUUCUCUGGGUGCAUCUGAGCUUGGGAUAUUCGUGUGCUACGAUAAUUGUUCUGAAAGAUCGUUGAAGUUGAAAUUAAAAUAAGAAGACGUGGGCUUUUUGCGAUUUGAGGUAUCUCUGAACGACUUCAACAGAAAAACUAUUGAUUUUUUUUCAGCGGUGGCCUGUUAGGUGUUUUCUACUUAAUGUGACUGAUAUUUGGACGCUUAAAAACAGUGUGAAAUUGUACUGACUUGGACGAGCUUAGCAUUUUGUUCCAUGAAUCUAUGGAUUGAAGGAUUCUACAAACGUAUUCCUGCUUUGGAAACCCUUGAGCUUCGAACUUGGUUAUUAUCAUAGAUAUCUAGGAUUGGAAUCACAAAAAUCCAUUUGUCUGAGUUGGACCAGGGCAGCAAAUUAUGCUUGAGAUGACUAACCAGUGGGCAUGUAAAAAUCUUCUUUCAAUAUGAGUUGUAGAACUAAAGGACAUGUGUCAAAUUUAUCUUGGACCGCUAAAGUGUUCAACAAAAUUGGUAAGCAUGCUAACAAGGAUAUUACUACCAAGGGUUUUUCAUCUAGAUUUGACUAAAUUUAUUAUGUUAUUAAUCUGGCUUUAGAAGGAUGUUAGUAAAUAUUCCCCCUGGCUUUAUUCUAUUUACUACACUAUACAGUAACCUGCAUUCGUUGUCAUGAGCCUAUUUCUCAAAGUGGUAGCCUCACCGUAUGUUUCAGAGAGCCAACCUUGCAGCAGAUUGGCAUGGGGUUACACAGAUAAAUUUGUAGUAGUGACCUUUUAUCCCUGGGUAUGUUGCUUCACCUCCUCGAAUUUAAUGGAGUCGCUCCUCUCUUGUAAUCUGAACCCUUUUAAGGCACUGUAGCUAGUGCAACUUUUCGAUGUAGGAAGAACAGAAUCACAUGCAAAUCCGUAUUCCUAUGUGUGUGUGAUUUUCUCUUUCUCCAUUUCCUCUAAUUUGAUGUUCUAUAUUUUUCGUCUCUAAUUCCUACGUUGGUUGGGCUCCUGACUCUCUCCUUAUUCAUUGUCAAAGCAUCCAUCAAACGCUAAACUUCUAGGCAAAAUAAUCCUUUCCUGUGUUUCCCUAUACCCUUGUCAUCGUUGAAUCUUUGGUUUGCGAUUCUUCACAUGACCUUCUGUGUGUUCUUGAAAUUGGAUAGGAAAUCUAGAUGACCAAUUACUGACGCAUAUGACAUGAUUGUUUGCAUAUAACAUGCCCGAUGAAUGCGAGGGUUUACUACCAAGGGUUUUUCAUCUGGAUGACCAAUGACUGAUGCAUGAACCCUUGCCACUUAUCUUUCCUUACUAUGUCAACUCUGAGUGUACAAUGGGUAUAAUCGGUUUUACCUGCACUGCAGUUGCUUUUGAACAUUCUGAAAUUUAUUCCAGAAUCCUGGGACGUUCCCCUGAUGGGUGGAAAGAAAAGAAAAGGACGCACUCGCCAUUAUAAGCAACAAAAAUGGGAAGGGUCAAUUGUUUAUUCGGAAGUCCUCUUUUUUGUAUAGGUCUGCUAUUGAGCAUGAAAAGAAAGGAUAUGCUGACAAUUUCGAGCAAGGCCAUGUGAUGGAGAAGAAUUUGAUUGCAAUGGCCCGUGAGGUGGAGAAACUACGAGCAGAGGUUGCUAAUGUUGAGAAGAGAGCACAACCUACGGGUACCAUUAACACAGGUUCUUGGCAUUUAAAUUUUCUUACCUAUUUUUAUGGCAUGCUAUUAUUCACUGAAGCCUCAUUUUGAUUCAAGAUUUGUAAAUAAUGCAAUCAGGCUUCCGAGUUCCAUAUUUCCUUUGACACUGAUGUACUCUUUUGUUCGACAUACAUUCUACAUCCUUCAUCCUUUUGUUAUAUUACUAAUUUUUUAGCGUGAUUAUACUUUUCUUCACAAGAAACAUGUUGUGUGCAUUGGUUGUUUUUUCUUAACAAUUAAUUACCACGCUGGGCUUAGAUUUCUUCUAUUUGAUUGUGCUUCAGUUAUCGUUUAUGCAUGGAUGAUAUGCUUGACGAAAGGUCAUGACAGAUGGUGUGGAAGGAAACCUCAUAGUCAUCCUUGGCCUUAAAACACGUUUACACAUGCUAAUCCUAACCUGCGCAUAAGCACAUACGGCAAUCUGUACCCUAGGGGACAUUUUGUUUUUAAAGUGGCUGUAAAAAGGGUGAAUGAUUGGUUCUUUUGACUGCAUCUUUUUUUUUUUCUUCCUCCACAAGGCAUGAAAUGCUUUAAACUUUUGGAGCUCAUAUACCAAGAAAAUUAAUGAAAGUUCUUAUUCUUAACAAAUUCCAGCCAAGUACGAGUUUUUACACAUACAUAUGGCUGGGAGAGUUUCUGUGCUGCUCUCUUCAGAAAAGGAUUACAAAAAAAGGAAAGGAAAGCACAGUAGCAGAAAAAUCAAAACUUCCUAAAAAAUCUCUACUGUCCGAAGUUAUGGGAAGAAUAUGUACUAAGCAAAGGAGACAUGCUUGGUGAUAUAUCUGUGAAUUAUCUGACGAUUUUCAUCAGUAAUAUUAUCAGGAAUCAAGAAAUUGAUAUUCAAGUGCCAUAAAAUUUUUGAUGAGAAAUAAAAUUGUGUCUCCCUCAUAGAAGUAUCAAGUAAUGUGCAGUCUAAAUAAGGAACAUCAGUUACGUGAUCAAAUCAAAGAGUGGUGAUGUUUUUUGCCUAAUAAGGAAGUAGAAUAAUCUGUUAUUUUAGUGAUGCGAUGCUUCCUGAAUGGCCUACCCCAAAAAAGUGUAUGUAGAGCGCAGGUAACGUCUUGAUAUAUUGACCAUCCAUCAUUGGAUUCCAUUACAUUGAAAAAAUUAUAUGGAUAGCUUGUGUUUAUCUGCCGCUAAUCAUCGCUUCUUCAGGUGCAGGCUAUAGCGGCAAUUACCUUAACCCCAGUUUGGCAUAUGGUGGGAAUCCAUAUUCUGCAGCCUACGCCAUGAAUCGCGUAUGCCUCUCUCUCUCUCUCUCUCUCUCUCUCUGCUAUCACUGCCCGCAUCCUCCCCAUAACCUGACUUCCGCUCUCUCAUAUGGGCAUUAAUAGGCUUCUGGGGCACCACCAGAAGCCGCCGACUACAACACCGCUCAUGCUUCCUGGGGCGGCGCAUACGAUGCCCAGCGGACUCAUGGCCACAGAUGA